AUGAUGCAAGUGGCCACGCGGACGCGCGUGGAAGUGACGACUCGUCAGCAGUCGUUGCAAAUACUGAAAAACACAGUUUCCCUGGGGGUUUCUUCGGUGCUGUACCUGCGGAAUAUCUUCGAAGAAGCAGCUUUCUCUUCCGUGUGGUUCGAAGGCCUGAAGCUGGUGCAGCUGCGGCCCGCAGACAAGAAAUCUGCAUUUAUUGUUGGGCUGCUGCGCACGGGCGUGAACGACGCGCUGCAGAAAGAAUGUUUGGAACAACUUCUCCUCGGAAUCCACGAAGAGAAGACAGACGCGCUGUUGGAGUCUUACCAGUUCACGUUUGGCUACGGCAGCCGGCAGCCGGACGUGUCCGUGGCUUUCAGCGGCAGCCACGCAGCAGCAGCAGCAGCAGCAGCAGCAGGUCGCGAGGUCCAGCCGGUCUCCAAGGCUGAAGCCAAGAGGCAAACUGAAGCGCUGCUGCAGUCCCUCUGCGCCAUUACGCAGCAGCUAGACCCCCUGCCCGACAACGCCUACGUCUCUCUCCGAGUAAGUCCACCACCCCACAAGCCCUGCAGCAGCAGCAGCAAACUCUGUGCUCCGCAGCUGCUCUUCAACGAGACGCAGAUCGACACCAAGCACCACUCCCUCGAGCUGUCUAUACAGUCCCUCGCGGACCCUCCUCAGAUCUUGCCGCCGCUGGAGGGCGGGCGAGCUGCUGGUGAGUUGAUAGCCCUUGCUGCUGCUGCUGCAGCAGCUGCAGCAGCAGCAGCAGCAGUGUCUCACCUCUGA